CAGCAGCUGCAGCUCUCAGGGGUGGCGGCGCCUGAUCCACACCCACCUGGCUUCUCACUAGUUCGCUCUUCUUCCUUUCUUCUUGAGAGGACUUCAGGCAGCGGCAGCAGCAUCAGCAAUGGAAGAGGCACAGUCCUGGGCCCCACUUGUUGGUUUCGUGCUCUUGCCCCAUGCAGGAAGCAUGUGGGGAGCUCGCAUUACCAAGAAGGAAUUGCCUACCUGGUACGAAUCCCUCGAGAAGCCAUCGUGGCAUCCACCUAACUGGACUUUCGCACCUAUCUGGGGAAGUUUAUAUUCAUCAAUGGGAUAUGGCUCGUACCUGGUAUGGAGGGAACUGGGAGGCUUCAAUGACAAGUCUAUGGUUCCACUUGGACUUUAUGCUGGACAGCUAGCACUGAACUGGUCGUGGACUCCCAUAUUCUUUGGAAAUCACAAAAUAGGAUGGGGGCUGGUCACUUUGCUACUUACCACAGGAGCAGCAACAGCUACAACUACAGUCUGGUAUCAUGUCAACAAAACAGCAGCCUAUUUGAUGUACCCUUAUUUAGCCUGGCUGACUUUUGCUUCAGUGCUAAACUACCGUUUGUGGAAGGGCAACCGUGACAAGAAGCACCCAUAACAUCUUCUAAAGGGGUGGAAAAGAGCAAGAGUAAUUUUGUUAGUCUUAGAGGUGCUCCUGGACUUUUGCUCUUUUCCACUGCUACAGACAAAGACGGCUACUCACCUUGAUCUAUCUUCUAAAGGGAGUUGUGAUAAAACAGUAUUUAAAAAACAUCAAACAUCUAACUAUGAUUCCAUAAUCUAGACCAUUGUGAAAUGUAAUGUCCAUGUUAACAUGCAAAUAUACAUUUUCUAGAUAAAACCACAAUAAAAUGGAAGGAUUCGAGAAAUGUG